AUGGUCCUCCCGCCUUGGCGCGCUGAGGAUGGCUGGACCAGAGUCGGCGGUGGCAAGAAGGGGAAGAAGUCCCAGGCGUACACGUACUGCACGUGCGGGCAUUGGACGUACGAUCGUUUGUUGGCUCGCCGCGGCUACUGCGUGGGUUGCGGCACGGCCAUGCAGCCUACUGGUGGUGGGAAGAGUGGUGCAGGAGGGUCCAACGGCGUUCCCAGCGGCGGCGGCGGCGGCGCGUCAGGUGUGGAUUCCGCGGCAGUGGCAGCGGCCAGGAAGGCGGCCGCACUGUUGCCCCCCGCCGCCGCAGCCGAGUUGCUCGCCACUCUCAAGAUCAAGCCCGACCCUCCCCCACCGAUGCCCCUUGGCGAGGCCGAGAUCAGCUCGGCUGAGGCCAAGAAGCGUGCUGCUACCCGUGCUGUCCAGCAGGCCAUCGACGCCCGCCUUCGCCUCGAGGAGCAGAUCGCUGAUGCCGACAGGAAGGUUGACGAAGCUAUCAAGAAGGAGGAGGAGGCCCAGCUGGCCGUCGAGCUCGCGGCCCGCAACCUCGCUGCGCGGGUCCUCCCUGCGCCCGAGGCGGCGCCGCCAUCGGCGGGCUCGGUGCUGCACAUUGGCGCGCUGCUGGAGGACCCAGACUCGGUGCGCCUCGACUUCGGCGAAUCUAUCGACGUCGCGGGCCCCGCCUUCUCGGAUGAGGACAGGGCGAAGUUCAGCAAGUUCGCUGAGCAGCAGCGCGUCGCCGCCACGGAGCUCCUUCGCCAGGCCUUCUCGGGAGUCGCCGAGCAGGCCAAGAAGCUCCAGUCCGAGUAUGUCUCCUACGUUAAGCAGAUCCAGAAGAAGCGCAAGGCGGAGGACGGCCAGGGCGUUGCAGUCCAGCAGCCGUCGCCCUCCCCCGCAGCGGCUGCCAGCCCUCCUGCGGGCGCUGCGGCGGAGGCCAGCCAGGAGCCUCCUGGCCCAGCGGCGCCUGCCGCCUCGCCCACGCCUGCUGAGGCCGCCGAGCUGGAGGCUGAGCGGCGUCGGGAGGCCGUCCGCGCCGCCAGCGCGGCCCGCGCUGCGGCCAAGCAGGGCCGCUCCCUGAGGCUGGUGUACGGGAACAUCUCGUGCUGGGGGCCCCAGGCGGAGCGCUGGCUGGCGGAGACGCCUGCAGACGUGGUGGUCUUGGUUGAGACCAGGGUGCGGGGUGUCAAGUAUACCCAGAUGUGCGCGGCCGCGAGGCGGCUGGGCUGGAAGGCGGUUGGCGGUGAGGCCGACGCCACGGAAGCUUCCUCCACGUCGGCGGGGGUUGUGAUCUUCGCCCGUGCCCGUCUUGGGCUCGCCUCGUUGUGCCUCGAGGCGAACGGAGGCUGGACAUCGAGUUCUUGCUCGCGCUGGUGCGUGGCCACCCUCAGGCUGCGCCGCGUCACGCUCACCAUCGUCCCGAUCUACAUGGUCUCGGGCGAGGAACUGGGCGGCCGCAACCUCAAGUUACUUUCUCAAGUGGGUGCUCGGCUCGGCCAGUUGGCGGGCCCUCUCUUCGUCGUCGGGGACUGGCAGUCAGUGUCCAGCGAGUUGGCGGCGACUGGCUUCAUGGCGGCGCUCGGCCUGGUCGAGGUGCAGUCAGGUUUGCAGGUCACGUGUACUGGCGGCAGGGGCGCGGGGCGCGCCAUUGACUACGCCCUGGUCUCGUCCUCCUUCGCGUCGGCGGUGCAGUUUGCAGGGGUCGACAUCUCGGCCCCGUGGGGCACCCACCUCGCGCUCUCCUACGACAUCCUGGCCAACCCGAGGACGCUCAUGGGCUGGUGCGUGGUCAUGCCGAAGGCACUGGACAUCUGUGUCGCCUCCAACGACAGCUACGACCUGGACUGGGACGUCGCCCUUUCUGAGGCCCGAGCUUUUCGCCAGCGCUCCUCUGCCCGUUUUACUUCUAACUUUGAGGCGGCCAGCUUAGCCAUUGCUGAUCACGAUGUGCCGCAGACUGCCCUUUUGCUCGGAAGCCAGCUGGGGGAGUGGGCCCUAGCUCUGGAGUUUGUUCACUGUGCCAAAAAAGGAGUCCCUCGCUCGCAGUGGCCUUUGUACGUUGGACGGUGCCAGCAGCCUCGCCUCAAGUACGUUCCCAUCGUGCCUCGAGCCAGCGACGGCCCUCCUCUCGCUGACCGCCAUGCACGUUUCUGGCAGGCCCUCGCUGUGCAGGUCUCUUUGCUUCUGCGUUUGGCUGAUCCCGAGGCGGACCCAUCAGAGGCGUCUACUCCGCGCGCCGGCUGUGGCGAGCAGUUCUGGAGCACUAUGCGUGGGCUUGAGGCCCUGCAGCUGCCCCCGCCUAUCGACCCGAACGAUGCGGUGGAAAAAGUGGUCCUCGAGCGGUGGAUCUCAUGGCUCCGCCAGCUUCGCUCGCUUUCGCUCGACAGCUUUCAGCAGAUCGCGGAGGAGGCUAAGGAGCAGGGAGUCCAGCCGGUCUGGGAUGGAGAGCCAGCCUCCACGCCAGCUGCCGUGUUGGAGGCGGAGGCCGCCUCGUGGCACGCAAUCUGGUGCAAGCAUUCGCGGCCCGAGGAUGCGCCGCCUGCUGCCAUCGCUGCGCUCGCGGCCCUUCUGACGGCCAUCGAGCGCGAGGACGGCCUCGCUGCGAAGGUCCAGCGAGGAUGGGACGCGUCCCUGAAGCGGGUGGCGCGAGGCUGGAACUUCGUGCGCGGCCCGCUCUCAGCUUUCCAGGCCUCUGUCAUUGCAGCUGGCUGGCAGUGCCCGUCCCUGUCCAAGUUGGUCGAGCCAGACGGGCAGGAGUGGGAGCUCUUCGCCACCUCCGUCGCCCCCGUCACCUGCCUCCUCGCGGCUCUGGAGCAGACCGCUGAGAACGCUGCCUGGCGACAGGCGGCCAAGCACCUUGACGGGGGUGGGGCGGAGGGGGGCGUUUGGUGGCAACAUGUGCCUGCACUGGCGGAACGGCUGGAGAAGGAGUCCCAGCACAGUCUUGCCAGCCUUGUUCGCCUGGUCGCAUGUGGAGGAUACUGGACGGAGGAGCGUCGCCACCAGGCAGGCUACCGCACGGACGAUCUGUGCCAGCGUUGCCACCGCUCCCGUGAAUCCAGCCGUCAUCGUUUCUGGGAAUGCAUGUGCAAUUUCAUGGAGAGGGACUGGGCGCUCUCGGUCGGUGUGCCUCCCCCUCCAGAGGCCGUGGUCUCCUCCAACCAUCUUCGCAGCCAGGCGUUGGAGGAGAUCGACCGUGCCCCUGUCUUCUGGUGCCGCGGGCUUGUGCCCCUUGCCUGGCUGAACAUCCCGCCUCCCCCCGACGAGCGUGGCCAUCGGUGGCUGCGCUGCGGUGGCGGGGAGCUGCCAGGGGGGAUCUACGCUACCGACGGUGCAGGUGGAGCCUGGUCGUCUCAGCCCUUGCUACGACGUGUGGCGUGGAGCUUUGCCCGCCUUGGCGACGGCCAGGGCUUGGACUGGGAUUCAGGCUGCACGGGCUUGGUGGACGGCCCUGUGCAAACGGUGCCCCGUGCUGAGCUCCUGGCCAUUGUGGAGUGCGUCAGGGCCGUCCACCCAGCUGCCGAUUUCAAGUUGUACUCCGACCACGUGAAUCACGUGAAGGCGAUAGCGCGCGGACGCCGCCACUGCUACAGGCUCGAGCACGCGGACCUCUGGCACGACCUUUUCUCGCUGCUUGACGCCCGCGUGGGCCGCUUCUCGCUCCUGCACGUGCCCUCGCAUCUAGCGGAGGACCCCGCGAAGUUUGCGCGUCUUGGCCACACUGUGCUGCCCGAGGCGAUUUUUCUCAAUGCAGUGGCAGACGGGCUCGCCGAGGAGCGGUCCGAGGAGGCUCAGCUUGAUCCAGAUUUAGCACGCCGCGCUUUGGACUUGGUGGAGCAGGCCGAGGCCAUCCUGCUCCGCAAUGCUACUCUCUGUGCUGCCGCCGCCUCCGCCCCCAAGAGCCCUGGCCGCGAGGGUGCCAUCACGUUCUGCAGCUUCUGCGGUCGCUACGCGGACUCCAGGCCCUCCCGUCUUCUGGAGGAGUGCGAGGCGGCGAGGUUCGGGCCCCUCGCGCUGACCAAGGCGCAGCUGACUGCUCUGUUGCGGCUGCGCAAGGGCCUCCCUCCUAGGGCGGCCCUCGCCGCGCUCCUCGCGGCCGCCGCCGCGGCGUCGGCCGCGGCGCUCGCCCUCGGGCAGCGCGGCGGCGCAGGGCGUGGUGCCUCCUCGCAGGCGUGGCUGGCCCUGGAGGAGUCGGAGGCCACGUUCCAGUCAUCCACCGUCGACACCAGCUACUGUCCGAUGAGCGGAAGCAACUGCACCGCCACGAGAUGCUGCGCCGAGAUCGGUCUCCAAUGCUAUCCAAAGAACUCGGCGUGGGCGAGCUGCCGGAAGAAUUGCACCAAGAACGAGUCGAUGCCCAACGACACGAACAAGGACCCCUGGGACUGUGAGGAGUUCGGCCCCCGCACGGAGGGGACGGUCGUCGAGGACUGGAGCACGGGCGGCCUGCGCGGCCACGACUGCCGGUCCAAGAAGUUCUGCGCGGGCGCGGACGACCACUGCUACCUAAAGAACAAGGAGUGGGGCAGCUGCAUGACGGAGUGCGACCCUGCGGCGGCGGGCACCAAGGGCUGGAGCUGCGAGAAGCUCUACUGA